AUGAGUGUCUUCAACGGACUAGGAAUAUUAGUAGAGGAAAAAGAAUCGAGCACGAUCGAUGAAAAGUUCGAUACUGUUCAAACCGAAUUCAUAGAAGAUUCAUCAGAGGCAUGUUCAGAAAUACUAUUACCACCUCUUCCCGAUGAAAGUGAAAUAGCUAAUAAUCAAAUUUUCGCAAAUACACAGAGCAAAAAUGAGUCUCGCUCAGCUUCUGUAUCGGGGAUGAAUUCCCCAUACUUGGGCGACGAGAAAAAGCAAAAUUUUGAAGCUAACAGCCAAAUAUCUGAAGCUAAAGAAUCUGACUAUUCUGAGUUAUUACUGAAUUCUUGUCUAUCUUCGCACGACUUGAGUUCGUUAAGUGGAGGGGCAGGAGUAUUUGCGAUUGAUUCUUCAGCUCCAUUUCAAAUUUUCCCCUCUAUCAGUACCCCCGCAAAGGGUAAAGAAGGGAAAAAUAAUACUGACAAGGAUGUAGGAUCAUCUUCGCAACAGAGUACACUGCCUUUAAAAAGGUUGAAAUCGUUGAAAAACGGAAUUCGAAAAUUGUCUCUUUCUUCGUUAAAUAGCAACUCGUCAGUAAGCAAGUCUGCUCCUGCUACGAAUCUGUCAACACCAAUCACUUCACAGAGACCAAUUUUAUCACCUAUACAAACGUCAAUUGCGAAUUCAGAAAAAAGCUUAAGUCAAGAUAGUAGCAGCACCAAUUCUGAUCUGUAUGAACUGUCAAGCAAUACAGAUAAUAACCCUAGCAGUACCACGAAUAGUCAUAGCCUUAGUAUAAUGACUAAUUCGUCCUAUCCUUUGAGCAUUUCAAAGAGAUCAAGGGCAUUUUCAGGAUCAGCAUUGACCCCCAUAACACCACCAUACUCAUCACCUGUCAUUACAUUAUCAGAUAACUUACAGAAUUCCAAGAAAUCCUUGUUAAACAUAGAACAUAGCUACUUUGAUGCCUUGAAUGUAUCUAAAUCACAAAAUCACACUUUAAAUAACAUUCAUGGAGCCCAAUCUAAUUCAUCAAACUCAUCAUCAGCAAGAUUUGAUUAUGACGAUGAUUUACAUAGUUCUAACUCGCCUAUUCAUUCCGUUUCUGAAUUGCUGAAACCAAGUGAAUUAAUCGACUACUUUAUGUUCUUAAAGGAACAGAAAAAGACGGUAAUUGAUGCAUUUGAAGUUACGACAAGGAAGUUGAAAGAGAGUGGGUGGUGUUCAGAGCAUGAUUUAAAUAACUUACAAUUACAACAAGACUCCUCGUUAUGUCAAUUGGAUACGAAAUUGUUGCAAAUUAAAGAGAGAUUAGAUACCGAAUUUAAUAUGUCUUUAUUCAAUGAGAGCACAAUCAAUAGCCAGGGGAACAAUGCAUCACAUCACUCUAAUGGAUUUGAGGUUUUGCAAAAGCAACAGACAUCAAGUCCCUCAUUGAAAGUUUUAGAGAAUAGAUGCUUUUCAUUUUCAGAGAUUAAAUGA